AUGUCGUCAUUGACUCCAAAAGAGCUUAAUCAAUUAUCUGAAGAUACAGGUCUCAGUAAAUUAUCAAUACAAGAUUGGCAUAAACGUUUUACACAUGAUUGUCCAAGUGGUAGUUUAUCAAAAGAACGUUAUUUAAAUCUUUAUCGUGCAUAUUAUCCUCGUGCACGUAAUUCUGAUGGUUAUGCUCAAAUGUUUUUUACGACAUUUGAUGAUGAUCGUGAUCAAGCAUUGAAUUUUCGUGAAUUCUUACGUAUUGUUGCUAUUACACAAGGUACAGAUGAAAAAGCUAAACUUGAAAUAGCUUUUAAAGCAUAUAAUCGAAAUCAUUUGGAAAAUAAUUUAUCACGUAAACAUUUUCGAAGUGUUAUUACAACAAUAUUAGAUCUUGUUGAAACACCUGAUGAUCAAGAAGAAGAAGAUGGUAGUAAUAAUGAAGAAAAACGUGAGAAAAUUAUUGAAUGGACAUUAAGAUGUUUAGGUUUUGAUGAUAAAAAUGAAAUAUCAAGAAAAGAAUUUGUUCGUCGUUGUAAAGAUGAUGCAAAUUUAUAUGAAUUUUUAUCAUUUCAUUGUGUACCAAAGCCAAAUUGUCCCGAUGGUGAUUUACGAGGAAAAGAUAAAUAUAAAAUAUCAAUUAAAACAGGUACGGAAGGUAAAAAAUUAAUAGGAAAUAAAUCUGGUACAAAUGCAAAUGUUUUUCUAAUUGUACAUGGUGAAACAGCAAAUUCCGAAUCAAUACAAUUGCAAAAUUCACAUACACAUAAAGAUCCAUUUGAACAUGGACAUACGGAUAUAUUUACACAAUUCUUACCUUCAUUAGGAGAAAUAAAAGGUGCAACAUUAUGGCAUACAGGUGAUAAAAAUCAAGGUUGGUAUGUUGAUAAUCUUUUAAUUACAAAUGAAACAUUAAAUCAAACAACUUAUUUUCCUGUACAACGUUGGCUUGAUUCGGAUGAAUAUGACAAAAUGACAAAAGUUGAACUCGUUCCAGAUCAACCACCCGGUUAUGCUCAAUAA